AUGGCAUUUGUCCCCGACCUGGACACCCUGGAGAGUAGCAGCCUGAAUGAGGAGACCUUGUACGACCCCGAGUGUCUCUGUCCACAGAAGAAGCCAUGCUUGGCCCCGGAGGUGCCACCCCCCGGGGUGGACAUCCAGGUGACAACAACCAGGGGUGACCCUGCCAGGACCUUCCGCCGGGCUGCAGUGCUGGUGGUGGCUGUCACCAAGUUCCUCAAGCUGCCAACACACAAGGACUUCGCUGACAGCGACCUCGGCAGCUUCCUGGGGGAACUCUUUGAGCCCGUGAGGUUCCAGGCCGUGGGCAGCAGCCUGGCAGGAGCUCCCAUGUUCCGCUACACGCGCUCCCAGUCCUUCGACAUCCUCGACAUCGACCACAAGUGCUUCGUGCUGGAGUCACCCAUGCAGCUCGUGGCUCUGCACCUCCAGGGACCUUCAGCUGGGAGGAAAGUGAAGCUGAACAUCGCCCUGUACCGUUCCCCGGGGACACAGGGUGGCUCUGGGCCUGGGAAGGUUCCAGUGGCCUUGGGCAUCAAGGGCUACCAACUCUACAUGUCGUGUGUGCUGAGUGGCUCGGAGCCCGUGCUGCAGCUGGAGGAGGCUGACGUGAGGAGGGACAUAGUGAGCCUGGAGCUGACUCGGUUCAUCUUCUACCGCCUGGACAGCCCCCGGGAGGGCACGACGCGCUUCGAGUCGGCCGCGUUCCCCGGCUGGUUCGUCUGCACG